AUGAUUAAUCCCCCCGAGACCAACAGACCUGACAUAAACGGGGAAAAAUCGCCCAGAGUCCCUGCAGUACUACGACUUGGACCUCCCAUCACAGUCGAGCAAAGAGAAGGGGAACCGUACGAGUCAAACCAACCUGAACAAAUCAUGGAGGCAUCUCCUAGAGUACCUGCAGCACUCCGGCUCGGGCUGUCUGAUCCUUUACCUAAACGAAGGCCAGGAAGACCACCAGGCCCAAGGAAACUUGCUACAAGCCCUGAGAAGGCCUCAGGAUCAAAAGCGAAAAAGAGGAAAAUAGCUCCAAAACCCACUACCUGCAGACGUCGACCUGGAACACCUGCAUCACAAUCAUCUCAAGCCGGAAAAACGAGUGCUAAAGGGAUAGGGAGUCCCGAGACACUUCAGAGGCUAGGAGAGAUUAAGUGCACUUUAAAUCCAUACAUCUUCUUCCUCUCUGAAACGAAAAAUCCCCCCGAAACAGUACUAUCAAAGAUUCAAGAGCUACAGUAUGAGUUUCACCAUAUUAUCCCUCCUACUAGUCCUGGGGCAGGAGGUCUCACCUUACUUUGGAAACAUAGUGUAAAGCUUGAUGUACUUAAUGCUACGAAUAACUUGGUUGAUACAUCAAUUGACUUCAAAGGCAAGCUUUUCUAUGCAUCGUUCAUCUAUAGUGACACAAACAGAGCAAAUAGAAAAUUAUUCUGGGACGAGCUGAUUCGAAUGAACGAAUCCCGCGAUGCAGCUUGGUUUGUCACCGGAGAUUUUAAUGACAUCAUUGGUAAUGAUGAAAAAACUGGUGGCCCUGCUCGGCCCGAAGGAUAG